GCGCUAGGAGUGGAUAUCGGCGACUGUUCAUCUGUUGAGACGCUCUUCAACAACAUUCGCUGCGCAUCCUCACUGCCUCUCACUAUCGUUGUCAACAGCGCCGGAAUUCAUGCUGCAAUGCCUCUCGUCGACUGCACGGACGAACUGUUUGACGACAUCAUCAGGGUCAAUCUUAAGGGUGCAUUUCUGGUGACCAGGGGUGCCGGCCGCGAGAUGAUUCGCACAGGAAAGGAGUUACCCGAGGGAGGUGCAUCGAUCGUCAAUGUAUCCAGCAUUGCAGCCAAGGGCGGCUGGAGUGAGGCCUCGGCUCAUGCCGCUUCCAAGGCCGGCGUUAUUGGGCUCACCAAGUCGUCGGCGCAGGAACUAGCCGCGCAUGGUAUCCGCUGCAACGCUGUGCUUCCUGGAUGGACUGAUACACCUAUGGCAGCGCCUCUGCCCGAUGAACAAAAGGCCGCUGUCUGCGCCAUGUCAGCGCUCAAGAGAGCCGCCCAUCCUCGCGAGAUUGCUGAGGCCAUCAAGUUCCUAUGUUCACCCACGGCCAGCUCUUACAUAACGGGAGCCGCGCUUGAAAUCACUGGUGGACUGAAAAUGUGAACAUAU